CCUUGGCAAGUUUUAUUUUGGCAUGCACAUCGAUAUAUAUAAAUAUAUAUAUAUGUAUGUAUAUUUAUGUAUAUAGCCAGUUUCAAGGGCUGCUGGAGUUGGGGCAUUGGGUCGAGCAGGGUCUGUCAGGGCGACAGACAGCUUUGAUAAGGCGUACGAGUCGAGCAGAAUAAACAAGCAUUAAUUUUAAAUUUUUGGAAGCGUACAUACAACAAAAUUUCAUCUGGUUAUACUUUUUCCCCUCCCUUCCCACCGCAAAAUCUAUAACUCUGAGGCUUCCUAAUUUUCUUCUAUCCAACCCACACACACACACACAGACAGUAAUCAAAAAUAAAAAAAAUAAAAAAAAAAAACAAAAAUAUGAUGAAACUCCAUGAUCUCUAUGGACAAUCGUUCUCGCACGAGUUUCAGUUCACCAAUCCGGACUCGAUCAAGAAUGCCGUCAAGCGAUACAACCAGCAACGCGCCGCGGAGAGAGACGAGAACCGCAAGGAGAAGGAGUUGCAUAAGCUGAGCAAGCCGCGCUUCUGCAAGAUGCGCAACACUGGCCGCGACGUGCUCGGCAUGGUGACAUCGCGGGACCUGGACGUGGAGACGCAGAUGUCGCUGCGGGCCAAGCAGCAGCUGCUCGAUCUGCAGCAAAGCAGCGGCGGGAACAGUCGCAGCAGCAGCUGCCGUAGCCGGUACCGAAGCCCAAGCAGCUGCAGCAAUGACGACCAGGAGAAUGAUGUACAGCUUGGCGUGCAUCGUUUGGCGGGCGGCGCAGAUACGAUCGCGCCUCAUGCCGUCAACCGGAGCAAGAAGCUGCGCAACCGUAAGGUGAAACCGGGCGCUGUCAAGCAGAAGCUAUCGGAUACGGAUCACUAUGCAGCGCGGAUCGAGGGGCUGCAUCGGGAGGUGUGCGCCGAGCUGAAAUCUAUGGGACAGACGCAGUCGGAGCAGCUGCGGCUUACGUCGCCCAGGCGCAAGUUGAAGCAGCGACGCGUCCAGAAGCAGCAGCCCGUCAAAUACCAGGCCGCCGCCAAUCAGCCACAGCAGGCGCCGCAGCAGGCGCCGAUCAAGAAGACCGAGCAGCGCCGGAAGCCAUCAAUUAAUACGGAGAGCGCACCAGUACACUCGGAGCCAGACAUGAUACUGCAGCGCCUGAAGCAGAAGCUCAAUGAAGAUGAGCCGAUGAAAAUGAAGCAAGUAUCCUACGAGGAUUACCCCCAACCGGAGAGCCAGUGGGCGGACAUAAUACCCUCGCCGAUGAUGCCGCAGGCGGUGGACGUGAAUAUGUGCGAGCCACUGAUUGCGCGCCAAUCGGCCGGAUGCCUGUUUAUGGAGCAGCAUGUGCCCGUCGAGCCGGUGCCCCUGGAUCCCUACUUUGUGGAGGACAGCGAUCUGGAGCAGGAGUAUGCCGAUCGUCCCGGCUACAUGCGCUACAUUGAGCGUCUGCCUUACACCCUCAGUGAGCCGGAUGUGGCCGAAAAUGGCGGUCCACAGAAGGCCUGCUUCGUGGAACUGGAGCCGCAUCCCCACUGGAUCAGCUUUCAGCGCAGCCUGAAACCAAUGCAUUACACAUCCCAGCGUUCCGACACAGAUACCUGCACGCUCUGCGAACAGGAGGAACAGGAACGGGAACAGCUCACCUAUUGCAGGCACGAGGAACAGUCAACCGCUACGGCUGCUACUGACAGAACCACGGUCACCAUCAAUCCUGCAGCCAACGGCUCGGCCACUGCUCGGCAACAGCAACAGCCGCCGCAGUCAUCGGCUAGGCGAUAUGGACACAGGCUGUCGCUGGAUCCGGCGACACCGGCCAAUAUAAAGCUCCGGACACCGAAGGCGACGCAAAUGGCGCAGGCGUUGCGCAGCGGCGGUGGCGGCGGCAGCGGCAGCAGCAGGCAGCCGAAACGGAAGCUAUUGCAGGAAUCACCGGCUGCAGCCAAAGCGCAGACGCUGGGCCGCCAGCCCGGCGGACGGGACAAGGAACAGCAGCAGCAGCAGGCAGUUGGCGGAAUGUCGUCGCCGCAACCGCAGCCGCAGACAGAGGCAUCCACGGCAAUGGCUGCGACACCGGCGCAGACGCCGCCGGCGAAAAGUGCGGCGCCACGUCGGAAGGCACGCACCGUGAUCUGCACGAGGUCGCUGGAGAAUCUGAAAUACCAGAAGAUGUCCAUUUACAACAAGAUCUCAUUGACCCAGGAGCGCAUCAUAUCGGCCCUGGACCGGCUCCAGAGCAGCCUGCUGCAGCUGCCGUUGAUCAGCAACAGCAGCCAGGAGAAACAGCGACGCGAACGGAACGCGUUCAAUUUCUGUGUGAGAUUCUCGCGGAACUUUCUGUAUCCGCUGCGCGGCAUGAUCGAGGAUGUUCGCUGCACGCCGGUGGCUAACUUCAACAGCGCCACCUCGAACGAGGCCAGCCAGCGGGUGGUCUGCGUCUACGGCCUGAUGCAUCACUCGAUUGGCCGUUACCAGCGGCAGGUGCGCUACUUUCUCCUGGACAAGGUGCCGCAGAAGCUGAGCGCCCUCAUCGAGAUGAUGUACACAUUGACGAACGUGUGCCUGGAGAAGGGCGUCCUGGAUCGUCACGAUCCGGUUGUGGAGUGCCUGCAGCAACGCUGCACCAGCUUCCUAACAUUCAUUGAGGACAUGCAGGAGCAGCGCUUUCAGCUGGCGCGCGAGACCUAUCGGCGCCUGCAGAGGCGCGUCCAUGGCAAUGUGCAUGGCCAUGGGCUUGGACAUGGGCAUGGGCAUGGCCAGGUACGGCCGGGCAUGCACGAACGCUACGAUCUCAAGAUGUUCCUCAACGAUCUCAAGCUGUAUGAGCCGCGCCUGGUGCCCAAGGAGCGCAUUGAGAAGCGUCGCCCGCGCCCGUGGUUGCGCAAACCCAAGCUGCUGGCAGAUCCCAUCGGCAGUGCCCAGCCCGUGCCGGGUGUCAUCCUCGGUCAGCCACCCGAAAUACAGCCGGAGCAGCCCACCGAGGAUGUGCCCACCCACAUCGAGUGCGUCCAGUGCGGCGACUAUCGCGGAGAGCCGUCCAGUGAGCUCGACGAGGAGCCCAGCGAAGACCAAAAGCAUCAGCUGACCAACAUAUUGGCGCUGCUGCAGCAGCCCGGACGGGAGAAGCGCGAGCUGCACCGACAGCUCCUGGAGGCCAUGGAGCAUGUGACCAAGUCGCAGGUGCGCGAGGUUCUCGAUCCCCUUGUGCGCUCCCUGGGCGCCAUGUUAGACAAAAAGUUUACAGAUGAAGCCCCUUGAGGAAUAGACGCUGGCAGGAACCAAAUGAAACAAUCUGAGGAAUUUUCUGACAUUUCUUUUCGGCCAUCCAAAUUGUUAAGUAGCUUAUUAUAAUGCAUAUGCACAAGUACAUAUGUGAGUGUUCUAAUAGUUAGUGGGAUGAAUAAAAUGUAUCAAUUUGAUCGUUAUAAAACCUCA